AUGCCCAAUCGCUCUGAGGUCGCCUACUUCGGCGCUGGGCCUGCCCCUUUGCCCACAUCGGUCAUAGAGAGAUCCGCCGAAGCAUUUGUCAACUUUGAAAACACCGGCCUCUCACUGGGCGAGAUAUCGCACCGUUCUCCGACAGCAAACAAAAUCCUCGCUGACGCAAAAGACGCAUUGACAACUCUCUACGAUAUUCCCGCGGAUGAAUAUGAUAUCCUGUUCAUGCAAGCGGGAGGUACUGGAGAGUUCAGCGCCGCCCUGCAAAAUCUCGUGGGAGCCUGGAUCGAGAAGCGCCGGAGGAAAGCCGUCAGCGAGCUCGGAGAAGGCAAGGAUGCCGAAGUCCUCGAGCGGGUGAAGAAGGAACUCGAGGGUGAAUUGAAGGUCGACUACCUCGUGACAGGCUCCUGGUCGUUAAAAGCCAGUCAAGAGGCAACGAGACUGAUUGGUGCGAAAUACGUAAAUGUUGCUCUCGAUGCAAGGAAGAGCAGUGGGGGCAAGUUCGGCAAGAUCCCGGACGAGCAGGAAUGGAAAUUGACACCCAAGGGGAGUGCAUUCGUAUAUCUCUGUGACAACGAGACCGUCGAUGGCGUCGAGUACCCCAGUUUUCCCAAGGCGUUGGAAGGUGACGAGCAGAUCGUCGUGGCCGACAUGUCCAGCAACUUCCUCAGCCGGAAAAUUGAUGUGCGGAAGUAUGGUAUUAUCUUCGGAGGUGCGCAGAAAAAUCUCGGUAUCGCCGGCAUCACCGUCGUCAUCAUCCGCAAGUCCUUGCUGGAGCUUGUCCCGCCCCCGACGUUCCUUCAUGCCUUGUCGCCGGUGGUCCCGACUUCGGGGUGUCUGCCACCCAUCAUGUUCUCGUUCUCGACCAUCGCGUCCAACAACAGUCUCUACAACACGCUUCCUAUCUUCAACCUGUAUGUUGCAACUUUGGUUCUGCAACAGCUCGUCGCGACGUACGGCUCAAAGAAGGUCUCCGGGCAAGAAGAGAUUGCCGAUAAGAAGGCAAGAAUCCUAUACGAUACGCUAGACGCUCACUCGGACACGUAUCAUGUCGUCCCGGAUAGUACGGUGAGGAGCAGGAUGAAUAUAUGCUUCCGAAUCGUGCAAAAACAGGGCGGAGAGCCCGAUGACGCCAAGGAAAAGGCGUUUCUCGCCGGCGCCGAAAAGCAAGGCCUGCUCGGUCUGAAGGGCCAUAGAUCUGUUGGUGGCAUCCGGGCGAGCAACUACAAUGCGGUGCCACUUGAGAAUGUGCAGAAAUUGGCAGACUGGUUGGUCGACUUUGCGAAGUCAUGA